GCUUUAAAGUUAAGGCAUAACCCAUCAACCAAUACCGUUGAUGCAAGUAUAUUCGUUAAGGAUAACAUAUGUUAUUGGUAAACUAUAUUUGACAGAAUCUGAGGUGACUACGGGAAAACGCUUCGAUGGCUGUUCUUUUCACAAUCAGAGACGGCCUUCUCACAGCAAUGGAUCAUAUUGAGAAUGUGGUGCUGGAUCAUUUGCAGAAGGUUGCGCUGCAGCGGGUGGUGCUGGAUCAUUGGCAGAAGGUUGCGCUGCAGCGGGUGGUGCUGGAUCAUAUGAAAUUAGUGGUGCUUGAUCAUAUGCAGCUUGUUGCAAUGGAUCAUCUGCAGAAUAUGCUGCUGGAUCGUUUGCAGCUGGCGGCGCUGCAGCUUUUGCAGCGGGUGGUGCCGGAUCAUUUGCAGAAGGUUGCGCCGCGGGUGGUGCUGGAUCAUUUGCAGAAGGUUGCGCCGCGGGUGGUGCUGGAUCAUUUGCAGCAGGUUGCGCAGCGGGUGGUGCUGGAUCAUUUGCAUAUGCUGAUUGACCAGCAUAAGCUGAGGCCGCCACUCCAAGAACGAUCAAGAAUAUCAGUGUGGGCUUCAUAUUUCACCUUUUAGUUCUUUUCUAACUAUG